AAAGCUCAAAGAAAGACAGGCAUUCCCGCCCCCAUCCCAUUCAAGGGCAACAUUUCUCUCAGCUCUCCGCGUGUGUCGUGCAUUUUGUUUGGAGUUUUACGCAAUGCGGUCAUUCCAAGGUAAUCAACGGAAGCGACAGCAUGGGACAGCACCGCUUUAGAGACUCGUAAAGCAGACCAAGCUGCAGCCAUGCUUCCUGAAGAGCCCUGAAUGACGAAUCCCCAGAAUGGCGCUUCAUCAACCGAUGUUCCUUCUCAUGCUGUCCUUACUCCAGAACAUGAGACACGACUGCAGAGAAAAUGUCACCACCGAAAUUUCACCAGAAGAACAGCAACUCUUUCCAAGCGUCCCUGCAAUCAUCCUCGAAGAUAUACUGCGGUGUCCACGAAAUUCCAGUCAGAUGACCUGCUCUUGUAGCACGGACUGUCACAAGUUUGGUGACUGCUGCUGGGAAGUUGCAAGGUCCGCGUCUCAGCAGAAUUUUCAACAGGAUGUCGACAAACGGUGGUCGUGCGAAGACGUUCCAAUCGGAAACGAAAUAUCACUCCCGCUUUUCAUGGUGUCACAGUGCGACGCCACUAGUUCGGUCAACGACACCAUGCGGACGAAUUGCGAAGCUCAGGCGACGAACGAUUCCUUCUACAUGCUUCCGGUGAUGGGACAGUCCAACGUGACCUACAGGAAUGCGUUCUGCGCGAUGUGCAACAACGACAUAAGAAAUGCAUCUUUCUGGUACGCUUCAGAAGUCCGCAGCGCAAAUGACUCCAGCGUUGUUGUCUACAGUGCGCCGAGCUUUGUUGUUUCUAACGCGUCCCACUACGUCAGAACGUGCAGUCCUUUCAAGUGGAUAAGCUCGUGUCCACCGAGUACGUUACCCGCAAUUUCGGAGUUAUGCCGCAAGUUUCUAACUCCCGUGAGGACCGAAGGAGGCGUCCUCUACAAGAACGCGUACUGCGCUCUCUGCAACGGCGUAGAUCCGGUGUUUUUAUCGUGCCAUUUGGAUACGACGCCGCACAUCAUUAGUAGAACUCCUUCGCUGUCUUUGGAUAGCAAGCCGGAAACGUGGAACGUUGAGAGACGAAAUUCUUGCUUUGCCUGGUAUAAUGACACGUGCUACAUCGAGUCCGAUGAAGACGGAUCCGACGACGCAUCCGGUGCCGCUCCAGAAGAAGGCUGGCAUCUACAAGGAUACCUCAUCGUGAUAAGCCUCGUUCUGUCCAUGAUCUGUCUUCUUCUCAAGGCCGUUGUUUAUGGCGUCUACAAGAAGUCGAGAUCUUUCUCGUCCAAAUGCAUACUGUGUCUCUCCAUGACUCUGUUCCUCACGCAACUGCUCUUUCUUCUUGCCAUGUGUCUAGACGAUAUUACUGCGGCCGCCUGCAAAGCUUCCGCUGUCAUUUUGCACUACGGCUUCCUGUGCACCUUCUUCUGGACUACGGUACUGUCUUAUGACAUUUGGGAGAGUAUUGCCAUUGUUUCUACAAAGCGCAGCCAGAAGUUCUUUCGCUAUUGUCUGGUUGGCUGGGGAGCGGCUUUCAUUGUUAUUGGAAUCUCGUCUGUUCUGAACUGGGGUGGUUUCCCCUUUUCACCGCACUACGGCUUCAACAUGUACUGCUUCAUUGCCGGUCGCGCAGCCUACUUCACCUUUUUCAUCGGACCAAUGACCAUCUUAUUCUUGGUUGACGUGGCGUUCUACACCCAUAUCGUGAUCAUCAUAGUGAAAACUGCGAAGCAAGCCAAGAAGUUCGACUUCAAGGGCAACGAAAAAUACUCUCGGGCAUUUCUUUUCGCAAAACUGGCGUUGAUAAUGGGAAUUGAGUGGUUGAUUGCACUACUAAAGCAGUUCGCGUAUUCCGAUGCUAUCGAAACCAUCAGCAGCGUCGUGAUUGGCUUACAAGGUGUUUACUUGUUCUUUGGCUUCAAGGACUAUAAAUUCUUGGUCCAGUCAUGCCGAAGACGGUUCGGCAAGGGAACAAUACCGGGACAGAGGUCGACCACGUCGACGAGCACCCUGGCGGACGCACAUUCAAUGUCGAGUGUUAGGGCACAUGAAGGCGGCCACGUGAACACUGCCGUCGUUCCAGAUACAUAGCCUUGUCCAACCUUCUUUACAAAAAUGCUGCAAUUUUCUGUAGCAAGGUUGCCUAAAUUCUGUGAUAUGUAUGUAUAGAGAUGUGCAGUAAGUACGUAUGUAAGUAUUAUCGAAACAAAAAAGAAAAUGAAAACAGUCUUGGAGCAUGGUGGCUGCCACACUACAGAUGUGCAGAAUGGUCAGUAUUGUUAUGUUUUGCCUUCAUUUUUCAUUGUCAUCACGUGCUAACUGCUGUAUAUUCAUGCACGGUUUGUGUUUGUUACUGGGAACGUAUAUUGCAGUGACGUGGCAGUAUCACAUUUAAUAUACUGUGGUGUGAUGUCGUGUCAUGUACAGUUCAGCAGAGAGGGUUUUCAGUGUAUACAACACAAUGUCACGGAGGUGGUGAGAAUGUUUUUUUGUUUUUUUUUUCGAGCAGCACCCCGCAAUUGCGGGCAGACCGCCCAGAAAACGUAUAGAGAGAGAAAGAGCCCAUUCUGUCCAUGACCCCCCUGUCUCCCACUCCUUCCUGCUGUCCUCUCUCCAUCUGUCCACGUCUGUACGCCGCUCAUAGCCACAGAAAAAAAAAAAAAAGAACAUUCUGUCCAUGAAGUCGUUCCAGACCGAUUCAAAGUCACGCAAGAAAGAAUCUGCGUUUAUGCACCGCAUUUCACGCGUCUACUACGAAUAUUUUGUUGUAGCCAAGCGUAUCUCACUCUAAGUAUAGCAGACGACACAAUAGUGAUGCGCUUCUUGGGGCUGUCGUCUGCUUCCUCCGUCUGCCUUGUGGCCGUGGAUGGAGUGAGGCUCCAUCACAUGAAAAAGUGUCAUAACUUGCGGCAUCCUUGUGUCAAGUAUGGAUAGUACUUUUCUUCAUUUCAUGCAGAGGCGUAUCUAGGGUAUGGCAAGUGGGGAUUACCUGUCCUGGGCGCCACUUGAGCAGGGGACAUAAAUGAUGGGAAUUACAAGUGUGAGGACGAUGAAAAGAUGAGAGGAGGGAGGUUGUACUUCAUGAGACUGAAGCUGAAGACAAGGGACCUAGUGAACUGGACUCCAGCUCUCAUACUAGCAGUGAUUGAACAAGUUUGCAUUGGACUUGUGAAGCCUGACAAGCGUACUUAGAAGUGCAACAAUUCAAAUGCAGUUUCAAUCCGCAACUAUUAUUCAGCACGUUAAAACUAUAUCUUUGGCAUUUGAGGGCCUCCUUGGGUCAAGUGAGACUCGAUUUUCCUGAGCGUAGAAAAAUAUUUUUGAUCACCUCUGAGAUCAAUUGACUGCAGUGAAAGCAAGGAAGGUUAAGUUGUAGAAUUUUCUCAUAGUGCCUUUAUUCAUUUUUAAUGAUGUUUUAUAUUGCUGUUCUGAUAAUAAAUUCGUGGCUUUACUUCGCGAGACAACUAUGAUCACAUUGAUGUUGAGUUGUUUACAUCGUUCAUUAUAUUGUUUACAAGCUUUACUCGUACUUGCUUAUUUGAUGAUACGAUAACGUUUUCUAAUUAAUAGGUGUGACACGCUUUGGCACUGCAGCAAUUGCACUGCACGAACGAACGGCUGAGUAGGUCUAGGCAAAUAGAGUGCUUG